CCAACAAGUGAGCAUGUUGUGCCGGGUGGUCAUCUAAAUUUUUCCGAUGUACCCCAACAAUACAAGGAUCAAGUGCUCAAUCGAAUCAGAUACUACUUUGAUAUCGAUGGGAAUCCCCACCGAGACCUACUUAUGGGGACUUUAUAUUCGGUGAUGGCGGAGCGGUAUAGUGAGCGAAAGACGCUCAGACACAAGCAUUUCAAACAACAUUACAAAAAACCAGAAGAUUGGGACACAGUUCUCAAAUUCCCCCCUGACUACUUGAAUACCGAGACUUGGAAACCGGUUUGCGAAUUGUUCGUUAGCGAGGCAUUUUUGAAUCGUUCAACUAAAAAUAAAUCGAAUCGGCAACUAAUGAAAUAUCCAACAACGCAAGGCACAAAAUCGUUGGCGUCCAUACGCCACGGAAUGGGGGGUCCUCCUGGAGAGCAUGUAGUUGAAGCAUGGAAGGAGAUCCAUGUGAAAAAACCGUCUGGAAAUUUCGUUAAUGAAUUAGCUGCAAAAGAUUAUGUAAGUGAUUAAAAUUAUUUAUUAUUAAAAUUUAUAUUUUAUAUUAAUUACAUAUUCUAAUAAUUUUGAUUUAAA